GAGUCACGUGUUAAGAACUGUGAUGACGUGGGGUUACCUGCUGCGAAUCAGGUCACACGAAAUUUGUUGGCCAAUCACACAUAUGCACGUGUGUUUAGAGGAGGAAGGAGCAACCAGGAAUGUCCAUCCUGCGUUAGUUAAACCAUGGCUAUGGAAGGAGGAUGUGUGCUGGCUGUGAAUACAUGAACUGGCAGUUUACCGCCAGUUCCCUGAACUUCUUGGGGAUGGAGCUGUAUGGCCCAGGAGUAGAGAUGGUACGGGCUUGUAUAUGGCCCCCCUCCUCUCCUAUCAUUGACACCAGAGGACAGCCCAACACAUUGAAUAUACAUAAAGUUCCUUACCACAAAAGAGGCAGGGUGGCUGCGCAUGUGGCCUGCCUCUGCCCAGCAUCAAGGGAUCCUAGCACUUGCCGCAGGAGUUGGUAUGCCCAUCACUUUCUUUCAUGUGGAAGCUCAAUGAGUGAAAGUAAAGAGCAGCCAAGAUGGUUUCCUGAGUAGUGGUACUACACUUCAGCUUCAUCAGUGGUAGUGACAACAGUGGUCGUGGUGACAAGAGAGCUGUAUGGAUCAGACGCAUCCUCCUCUUCCUCUCCUUCCUUGUGGUGGACACCAGGUCUAAAAAUACCACAUUGUAAUUAGUAGUUACACUAUAUAACACUAUUUACACUUAACGUGGGCAUCACCAUCCCCAUCACUCAUACCUCCUCAUAAAAGAUCAAGGUAGUUCAUAAGUAGAAACAAAUGGGUAAAGCCUUCAAGAGCAACAGGGAAUGAGUGCAAUAUGUAACAAUAGAAAGUUCAGCUAAUGACCAGGAACAGUCAGGUAAUGGUAGUGACAGCUGAUGUUUGAUAGGUGCUUAGAUGGCAGUCAUCCAAAAAAUAAGUUACACUAAGUCUAAGACCAGAUCAGCUUUAUCUAGAUCCACAAUAAAAAUUAGGCAAAUGCACAAGUAUGCAGGUUGAGAAUCCCUUACCUAACAUGCUUAGGAUUUUGGAAUAUGCACAAGUGUACCUCUACUUAUCACUUGGAUAAGUAAAGAGAAAAUAAUAAUAAAUAAGAAAUAAAAUAAAAUAAAAAUAAAUAAAGAUUAUUUAAAUAAAUAAAAAAGAUAAUCUUUCUCUAUAUACCAGGCCAGCAAUUUCACACGGUGGUUCAAACAAAGCAUACACGUACACACACAUCAUUCACACACUUAACCCUGUCAGUCCUGAACACAAGUACAGACUGACAGAAGCUGGAGGGUAAGAGAAAUGCAAGGAGUGAGAAACUG